AUGCAGCAUCCGACGCGCACCAUUGUGAGAAGAAAUGGGAAUGACCCUAGGCCGCGGAUUAAACAGCUCAUCGGGACGAAUGCAUCGUCACCGACCCUCAAGCAUUUGCCGUAUCCGAGUCAAAAAGCACCCGGCGGAUGGGGCAAGAUAUCCGUCCGAUGCGUGGAAACGUGGAGGCGGGCGGGCGGCCGCAGGCCCUGCUGCUGCCGCAGCAGCAAGGGCAAGGCCAUGCAGGUAGGAGAGAAAGAAGACAGAGGUCUCUUCUCACCCUCGAUGGUCCCCACGAUCUUCUCUCCCACGAUAUGGAUGGACCCCAGAAAGUGA